GACAAAAUCGUUCUGAUCCCAUUUCACUUAUGAAGGUUCACUAGCAAUUUAUAAUCUUUUUUUAACCGAUGACAAUGUCGGUAACAGAUCCUUGUUAAGAAUGCUACAUUUUUACAGCAGUUGUCUAUGUUACGUUGGUCUUGUUGUAUUGACGAGGAAGAUUUCCCAUUAUAAUUUUGCAGUUUACAGACACGUCGGGUUGUUUGUAAAUGUCAAUCUCAGGUUUUUGUUUAGUGUAUGAGAGGGUUUUGCUUGCGUUGCACCGCUCGGGUUUCUGUGUAUAUUACAGAGGCGCACUACCAACAGCUACCUGUGAAACGCAUCAUUGAAUUGAAUUGAGAGGCGCACUUCCUUUUUAAUUGAUUUUUUUUAUUUCUUUAUUUUUUAAACCGAACCGGCCGGAUGACAGUUCCGAAUAUUCCAAGUAUUAUGAACAAAAAAAAAUCACAAAACUGACGAAACAAAGUAAUCGAAUACGAAAUAACGUUCAAUUUCGAUGCUGCGGAAAGUCGCCAGGUAAUGGCCGAGUGCUCCUAGUUGUUGUUCAAUAGGUUCAGAUAUUAGAAGAUUAUAAUUGGAUUAUGAUCUGUGGUUUGUCGGUUUCCGUUAAAUUUUUGAGCGGAUUUGCUUUGGUGUCAUCGUUUUUAAUUAUUUUAAAAUGGCCCGGACGAGAAGAGUGAAAGCUCCCAAACCUAAAAACGUAAUUAGUGAACAAAUGCAACUGGUGAAACAGCUGAAUGAACAAACCAAUCGAGAGGAAAAAGCGGUGGUGGCGGAACUUGAAUCAAUGAAACAACAAGAAUUAGAGGACUGGCGCAUGUUGCAGUUGAUGUACCGGGCCAAGUUCCCUUCCUCUGUUUUAAAAAGGACAAUCCGUGAAAUAAAAAGCGGUGCUGUAGGUGACAGCGUUUCAUCAAUCAUGUUUUCCACCAUGAACUCUACCCGCUCGCAGAGACAAAGCAGAAGUCAAUCCGAGGCUAGGAAAAGACAAACUUACAAAGUUAACGAAGAUGAAGGUUAUUUGACUGCUGAAAGUAGUGGUGGCACUUCAGGUGAACACACGCGGGGCAACAAAAAAGCCACCAAAACGCUCAGAAUAUCGCGUUCAUUAUCACGGACCGCCAAGGCCAACAGCUACAAAACUCCUGUUCAUACUCAAGCGCCAUUCAAUUGCCUGGGCACCAUCACCCCUAAGGUCAAACAGAAUACCCCUCAGGUGAUUCUGCGCCGCCCUAAGCAAGGCGAGAUGGCACUGUCUUAUCAGGGCAGUCCUUUGCUAACGGGGCCCGUCGUUCAAGAAAACGCGGCCAAUGUAAAUAUUCCAUUGUCGGACGGCAACAUGUUGUCGUUGAUGCCUCAGCGUGGUCUGCGGACGUCCCAACUUCCAGAGGUCGACGUCGACGUGAAACGGCAAUUGGAAAUUCUGCGGGACAACCUGAUCAAAGUCUGCAAGGACCUUUAAAAAUAGCAUUAGAUCAUUUUAUACUUAUGCAAAU